AAAAAAGUUAUAAGAAAGAGAUUCAAUAUCUACUGCUACCACAUAACAGAUCCCCAUCACCAUAACCAUAGUCAUACUGUAGAGAGCUAGAGAGAGAUGGAUGCAGUGAAUGAAGGAACUGGACCACAAAGCUACACCCAGAACUCCUCCUAUCAGAGAGGAGCUUUGGAAGCUGCUCAAGAAAUGAUCAAAGAGGAAAUAGCUGAGAAGCUUGACAUCAAACAACUAAUUGCUUCCGAUUCUUUAAACACAUUUCGUAUUGCAGACUUAGGCUGUGCUACUGGACCCAAUACAUUUCUUGCAGUGCAGACCAUACUAGAAGCUGUUCAACCCAAAUUAGGGUCACAAAAUUCCCAAACAUUCCCAGAAUUUCAGGUGUUCUUCAGUGAUCUAGUCUCCAAUGAUUUCAACACUCUGUUUAAAUCACUCCCACCCCAAAGCCAAAGACCCUACUUUGCAGCUGGGGUGCCUGGUUCUUUUCACGGUCCCUUGUUUCCCAAGGCUUCCCUUCAUUUUGUACACUCAUCUUGUGCACUCAAUUGGCUUUCACAAGUGCCGAAACCGGUCGCCGAAAGAACCUCCUCUGCAUGGAAUGCAGGGAAGAUUCUCUACAGCAGCAGAGAAGUUACAGAGGCUUAUUCUUGUCAAUUUGCUAAUGAUAUGGGGUUGUUUUUGCAAGCAAGAGCAAAUGAACUUGUGGGUGGAGGGCUGAUGGCACUAGUUAUACCAGGUCUGCCUGUUGGAAUUUUGUUCUCUGAAACCAGUAGUGCUUUGGAGUUUGAACUUUUGGGAUCAACCCUGAUGGGCAUGGCCAACAUGGGAUUGGUGAGCAAGGAGAAAGUGGACUGUUUCAACUUGCCUGUAUAUUUUCCAUCACUUGAAGAGUUGAAGGCAAUCAUAGAGAGAAACAGAGAGUUUAGGAUCAUAGAGAGAAACAGAGAGUUUAGGAUAGAGAAAAUGGAGGCAAUAAGCCACCCAAAGAUGAAGACUGAGCCUAAACAGUAUAUUUCAGGCAUAAAGGCUGUGUUUGAGGGAAUCAUUGGGAAACAUUUUGGAAGUAAUGUCACUGAGGAACUGUUUGAGCAGUGCUUCAUCAAAGCCGCAAAGCCUUCAGUUCUUCUUCUGGACACAGAUAUGCCGACACUUCAGGUGCUGCUUGUAAUUCUCAAGCGCAAUGGGAAUGGCAAUGCCUAA